AUGUCACCAAAGUCCUCUAAGCGGAACAGCGGCAAUGCCAUCACCACCAUCGACAAGCUCGACUACCCGCCAAACUCGCCGCGUCGCCCCCUCCUGUCACCGGACAUCGACACCGAGUCUCAACGACGCAGCCAGGGCACCAGCUACGCCGGCAGCUUCUUCGAACAGGUGGCUGAAGGCAUCUACGAACGAGAUCGCGUCAUGAUGCAGCGCGUCGUGCUCCGAUGGCUGAGCUUCGUAUGGGCCAUCGUCAUCUGUCUCUGCGCUGGUAGCAUCACCGCCUUCUCCCUCUACGGACACUUGUUCCAGUCCAAGCUGCACUACACCCAGGUCCAGGUCAACCUCGUCUCCAUCGGCGCUGAGCUCGGCCUAUAUCUCCUCGUGCCGAUAUUCGGAUACCUUUGCGAUCGCUUGGGUCCCGGCGUACCUGCCGGUAUUGCUGGUCUGCUCUUCGGGUCUGGCUAUCUGCUUGCCGCCUUUGCAUACAGGAGCGGGCCUCCCCCGUCUGCUGGCGGUCAUGGCUGGCCGUUUGGCAUCAUGGUGCUGGCCUUUGCCUUUGUCGGCAUGGGCACCAGCUGCAUGUACCUGUCUGCAGUGACGACGUGCGCGAAGAACUUUGGACGCGGCAACGCAAAGGGCGUUGCUUUGGCUAUACCCAUCGCUGCCUUUGGGCUGAGCGGCAUGUGGCAAAGUCAGGUUGGAAGCCGGCUGCUAUACGUCAUAAAUCCAGAUGGGAGCAGGGGCGACGUGGACGUGUUCCGCUUCUUCUUGUUCCUGGGCAUACUCCUGCUCGGCGUUGGUGCCGUCGGAUUCUUUGCGCUGCGUAUCGUGGAUGAAGAGGAGAUGAUCGAUCAAGCAGUCGAUGAGCUCGAGAGAUCCGGCCUCCUCCAACGAGACGAGUUCUUUACCCAAGCCGCCCACCACCACGGCUACGGUACCAUGGAGACGCAGGACCUCUCUGAAUCCACCUUCGACUUCCUUCAGUCCGAGGCUGAGCGUCUGAAAGCCAAAGCCGAAGAGGAGGCAAGGAAGAAGACAUGGUUGCUGAACGAGGAGACGCGGCGAUACAUCAUGGACCCGACCAUGUGGUGGCUGGCAGGAGGCUUCUUCCUCGUCACUGGGCCUGGCGAAGCCUUCAUCAACAACCUAGGAACCAUUAUCGACACUCUCACCCCUGCAAACGUUUCCACAAACACCUCCCCUGCGACGCACGUUUCUAUUGUCGCCAUCACCUCCACACUCGCUCGUUUGAUCACCGGCACCCUCUCGGAUGUCCUCGCCCCUGUUGCCCCGGUACACCAGCACCGCCGUGGGCCAGAUUCUCUCGCCAACUCACAUUCAUCUCUCCUAGACAUAGUAGAACCUCCACGCAAGUUCAGCGUAUCCCGCAUAACUUUCCUUUUGACAUUUUCCUUCAUCCUCUCCCUUGGUCAGCUGUUACUCGCCAGUGGCUGGGUACAAAACCAUGCAUCCCGCUUCGCUGCCGUCUCCGCCCUCAUCGGAGCUGGCUACGGGGCCGUCUUUUCCCUUACACCUAUUGUCGUCUCAGUCGUAUGGGGUGUCGAGAAUUUUGGUACGAACUGGGGUAUUCUCGCCAUGACACCUGCGGCAGGUGCCACACUUUGGGGCGCUGUUUAUGCCACCGUGUAUCAGAAAGCCGCGAAUAGUGCUGAAGCAGGUAUCGAGAAAGACCCAGAAGAUGUACUGUGUCAUGGCAAGGAGUGCUACGCAUCAACCUUCUGGGCCAUGACAAUCAGCGUUUGGGUCGCCAUGGGCCUAUUUAUGUGGGCUUGGAGAGGCCCCGGUGGCUGGAAGAGAAGAGGCAUCGCUGUAUGA